UCACAGACCACAGAGGGAGAAGAAUUGGGCACAAUGUGAUUAUUGGGUGCAUGUAUCCAGCAAAUGUGCUCCUUUCAUUCUUAUCUACCUUGAGCAAAGGCAGAGCGCCCUAGAAAAGGAGGUACAUUCUCAGCACAUAAAACUGCUUUGACACCCUUGGAAAAGCCUAUAUAUUGUCUUUUUGAAGGCCCAAACUUAUAGGACUGACAUAAAUAUUAUAUCCUAACUUGAUGAAGCAAACUAGUAAAAAAAAAUCAAGUCCAAUUUUGUUAAAGUACGCAUUUCACCAGAAAUCACCCUCAUUUUAUACAGCAUGGCAAGCAAGUAGAAGUUCAAUUGCCACAGCCCUCUGCGCUAUCAUUCCUGCUCUGCAAGCUGUGUUCACUGCAGGGGAGUUGGACUAGAUGGCCUCAACGGUCCCUCCCAAUUCUAAGGAUCCUAUGUCUAUGACCUAUGAUCUAAGGAUAUGAUUCUAAGCAGCAGCAAGUGCUGUGCUGUGACCACUGGGCUCAGGAGAUGGAGACUGACAAGUUAUAUCGUGGAAGGACUUCAAAGUGAAUUCCUUUCUAGAAGUUGGAAAAUUCUACCUACCUGGAAAACCUGAUACUCAAUGUGCUUUGCAUUAUUUCUGAAGUUAAACAUAAAUGUGAAGAAACUUCUUUGGCUUCACACAACUCCAUCAUAUCGAGCAACUCCUUACUGCAUAGUUACUCAAGCUGAUCUGUAAAUCAUAACACAGUAAGAAAACAAACUAAGAAAAUCUGUGUUUGGACUCAACUACAGAUCUGGGUAAUUAAGAUCUUCCCAGAAAGGUGCCUGUUGGAAACUUACUAACUUGUCUCUAAACGCCAUGGAACACAGUCAGUGUGGUCAACAUCCUCAGGUGAGCAUCAGAACUACUCCAUCAUCUCCCAUUGCGUCAAUGAGAAACACACACCUCAGAUCACACUGGAAGGCAAUACUGUAAUGUUGCAGCCUUGGAAGCCCGGCACCACCCAGAUCUCACGGCGGAAACCACAGACACUCCUACCAACAUUUCUCAAAUUUGUUUUAAUACUGGAAUAGUUUUAGCUCAGAAACCAAUUUAAAUUCAACUGGUACAGCCUUGCAUUGUCAAAAUGCGUGCAGUACAAUGCAGACAACCUUGAAGAAGCAGUUCUCCCAACAGUCACGUGCAGGAUUUUAAACAGGAAACAGCAAAUUUACGUAAGGCGAUUUAAGAGGAAGAGAAAUCAACCAAGUUCCUGGCUAAAAAUCGGUGCAUUCAGAGAACCGCCAACGUGUGAUAGCUGGACAACAGUUUUCAUUAGUUAAAAAUAGAGAACAGAAGAAAAUAUCAACAAAAAAUACCUGAGAAAAAUGUGCCAAUCCACACUUAUUUCAAACACAAAAGGGAACUGUGAUCUGGCAGCCCAGAUCAUGAACCAGCCUUCACUUUCCUCAACAGAAGGAGAAUGGACAAAGAAUGAGAAUUCCACUCAGUGUUUCCAUCACAACAAUGAAUGUGCUUUCUCACUUUACAUCUCUGAUAUCCAGGCUUCACUCGCUCAGAAAUGGCUCACAUCUGCAAAGAAUGUCCAAUCUCAUGCACAUAAAUAAGGCCUUUUAGUAGUGGGAACAUGUUCCUUCUCCCUCUUUCCAUCUCCAUGACUGGAAACUGAAUUUCCUAGAAAUUUUACAUCUAGUAUCACACAGCAGUCUUCUGUGAAGGACACCCCAUAAGUGCUGCAUACCUUGGACAGUCUCAGUGCCAUCAGAGAAUUCAAAUGUCAGUUGCUCUAGAAUCAUAAUUCACUUGCAUCCCACUAGUUUCUAGAAGCUUCUUCCCUUAGAUAUUUGUAGAAAUCUCCAUUAUGAAUAUUUGAAGAAACAGUAGUGUUUGAAAGGUCUAAUUCACAAUUUCCCAGUGGCAAAGCAAAGCCUAAGGUCACAAAUUCCACUUGGGGUCCACACCAGCACUGCUGAGAGCUGAAGACAAGGGGGCUGGAGGAGGUCCCACCAUGGACCAGCACAAGGGAAAAGCAGUCAGACCUGCAGAAGCAAUGGGGAAAUCAGCUCAACAAGGGGCAAGGAAGGAAGACAGAAAGCCACCAACAUGGAUGAGAGAUGCACAUGUUUACACAACCAGCUCUGGAGAAGUUUCACACCUCGCUGGUUGGACGAAUUCAGUGAGCCUCAACUUCUACCUACGGUGUAAAAAGUUUCAACAACUAGGCUAAUGCGUUUAUACAAGAGCAGGGUGGGAAUAGCAUCCCUACAGUGACAUCAAAUAAAAGGAGUUGACAUAAUACUAUUUCUAUUUAAAUGCACACCAUUCCCCAUGCUUGACAGUUGGUUCCAUAACUCUGCUUUACCAUUUAGCCUUAAAACCUCCAGCUAAAAUUCUCAGAGCUAUCUCAUCACAUCCCACAGGAACUGUGUGAGGUGCUGGUCAGUAUUAUCACACUGUUUCUUUGUUCCUUGCCACCCGUUAAUCUCUUUGAAGCCACACAUUGUCUCACAUCCCAUUACUUAGAUUACAGGAUGUUUAAAGAUAUGAGCUGUAUUCUUACCCUGCACUUCCAUGGUACAGACUACCUCUGGAUUCCUGGCCAUGUGUGCAGUGUUCCACUCAAGCCAUGCAACCUUUCCAGUCAUUUUACAUUCUAAAGAAGCAACAAUCUUCCACAUAUUUUCUAAAUGUCUGUCAGAGGCUCCAGGGUGAAGUUUUCCACUGAUAGAAAGAAGCCAAAUGAUCAGAUGACAAUCUCCUACAAACAUUUUAACUGAUGUUCAAAAAAGACUGCUAAUGAAGGAAAGACAACUGACGUUCUGAAUGACUCAAAGAAACCUACACAGCAUUCAAAACAGAGAGAGUCGCUUUUGAGAUUUGUAUCUCAGAUAGGCAGUAUUUUUAAAACACAAAAAUUUGUUGCAUAAACCCUGCUAGGAUAUUUUUAAAUGGCAUGUGGUAUUAGCAUGCAAUUUAAUAAUAAUCACAUUAGUCCGGAGUCUAAAACACAGAUUUCACAUCCUCAAAACACCUUCUACCUUGUGCACAGAGUACUUAUUUCAACCCAAAUCUCUAGGACAUGCCUUCUCACACACCCCUCCAGCAGGACAAUGCAUCACCUGCAGCACCAGCUAUGAAGCCACCAGCUAUGAAGCUCACGCUUAAAUCCUAGAAACACACACUGCUGUCCCAUCACUGUAAGUAAACCUUUCCAACCUGCCAGGAAAGGCAGAAACCUUCAGUGCACUCGGAGCACAUCUAGUUGACCAAUUUACAAUGCCACACAUUACAACUUUCUGCCAAUGCAGCUUUGCUAUCAGAUUAGAAGCAAACCAGUUGGCUUGAAUCCAACGCAUUGAGCAAACAGUGGGAGCACAACCACAUCAGCUGCUGUAUGUAGCUGUCACUCCUAAAACCAAUUCUGUGAAACUAAAUGGACAAUCUUGACUGCAGAAUGAACACCUACAGAAUAACAAAGCCUAGCAGGACGCAUUCAGAGACAUUAAGUGCUGAAGCUGAUGACAAGGAGUGCUAAUUUGGGCAGGGAUCUCCCAAAGGAAAUGCUAUGGGAUUUUAACAAUUUUAUACACAUUACUGAUAACCCAUGCAGCAUUUCUCCAACAGAGCAUCUUUUUAGGCAAUCACAGUCAAAACUUCAUUUCACUGAAGUCUGGACAAAAAGUAACCAGACAUUCAGUGUUCCAUGUUCUCGAAUCCAUAUGCAGAUACUUGGAUCUCACAGUCUAUGGACCACAGAUGCAGAAAAAGAAACGAGCAUCUGAAAAACUUUAAAUAUUUUAGAGAACAGACAGUUGGAUUUUGGUGCUCAAAACACCCACUCUUGUUAUCGUGGCAUUUCACAGUGUAAUCUCUAUCUCAGUACUUAAACCUUACCUUUUAAAACACUGUGUGAGAUUUAAAAGGUUCUGAUAGCUGGACAAAGGCAUGCAGAAGAUGGGCCUUAAAUGAUCUUACAUAUACAGGAAGCGUAGUAACUCUCAGCACGCACACAUACAAGAGGCAAAAUGCUAUCUGGAAGUAUCAUAGCAAGGUCAGAGAGCUGAAGAGGUGCCAAUAUUCACCUGUGACAGAAGAGCAGGAAGAUGAGAAGCAAACAAGAAAGUCCAUUUGCCUUUACCGCUCUGAGCUGAAGAUUUGUGACUGCUGGUCAACACCAGAGUGGGCAGUUUUGCAUUGGACAGGAGCACUCUCCUGUGACUGACUGCCCGCAGGCUCAAGAAAGACACCUAACUCUGCAGGACAGAAACUGUAUGUUACUGCAGGGCUGCAAAGCGCUCAGCCCCAUAAAGAAUCCGGAAUUUACAGGGGCUCCACAUCUACCAGGCCGCUAACAGAAGUCCAGACACCAAGACAGCACUGGGGAAUCCCUUGUAGACUAAAUCUUUGAAACCAACAGUGGCUUUGCUUAUCUGAAAGUUAGCUGCAGCAGAGAAAAAGAAGUCCAAGUAGCAACCUUACAAUUCAAAGACAAUAGGAGCUGAAGAGAGGAAGUGGAACCACUGCGAGGCAGCAGGUAAACCCCCAUGGAGGCACAAGCCAGUAGAAGAAAACAAACUAAAACAGCGCAGACUGCUCUACAACCUGAAAGCCACAGAAAAGCCAUGCAAGAAAUGCUGGAGAGGGGAAAAGGAGCCCAGGAAUUUGGGCAGGGACAAAUUGAAGAUAGACAAUUUCAGUAACACAGAAUGCAAAAACAAGACCGCAGAAGGCCACUAAGGGAAGAAGUCAAGGCAAGGGGAGGAAAAGAACAUGUUUCAGAGAAGUAGUUUUAAUGUGGGAAGUUCAGACAGCACAGCAGUUAGAGCCACAUAGUCCCUCUGUUAGUAUCUUAAGAAAAAAAACAGAAAAAUACUACUUUCAAGCAAAAGCCAUCAGAUAAAUGAGCAAAAGCAGUAAUGAUUUAUGGGAAAAGACACAGGUAAGGAGAUGAAGUCACAGAACCGAAGGCAAUGCUCCAGAGACAAAGAGCAGACUUGCAAUCAUAUUGACAUCAGAGUUCCACGAGGAAAAAAAACACUUGGGCAAAUUAUUUCAGGAAAUGACGACGCAGCGAGCCUGGGAACCGGCUCCCUCUGUCCCUGCACAAACCGAGCUCUAUUUUCUAAGACUUUAAAUGGGAGGAGCUACUGCUACAGGAUGGGAAGCCUCCAUGACUCGCUUAACAGCCCCAACGGCAGCUGUAAAUAAAUAAAACGGCUAACUUUGUACACCCCAGUAAUUCAAUUAAACCUUGGUGUGACCACACAUUAGCACAGAUAAACAGAAGCAACCAGAGAGGCCAGAAGCACGGCCUGUCCAGGAGAUCCAAAUGCUCAGUAGCAGGGCUCGCCAUGGCCGCAGGACAGCAGCAGACACCGGUGCCCUGCAGAGGCUCAGCGCGCUGACAGCUCACCCCGGGCUCCGGGCCCACCGCUCGGAACGCAGCGGUUCAGAGAUACGCACAGCGCCCCACUGCUCCGGGUGCGGACCCUUCCCGAAACGCAGGAGGCUCUUUAGGGGGGGAAGGGAGCGGGGGAAGCCUGGCAGCUCCCGGCCUGGCUCUCCGUGCUGGUUAUCACGGCAGGAUAAUUACCUGCCGUGCACAAAAGCAAUCCAAGCGCUGUUACUGGGAGCUUGCAAUUCCUGGCUCUUAAUCUACAUUGUUUUUUUUUUUUUUUUUUUCCUUGAAACAUGAAGCACGACAAGUGAAAACGGAAAGCCACAAGUUCUCCCUGCCCCUACGUUGUCUCGAGCACCUUUCCCCACGCUCGCCCUCAGCCAUCUCUCCUUAAAAACAAUUAGCUGAGCUACAGCGGGCUGUUCCCACAGCCGCUAAUGACGGCCGUACCGCCCUUUACGACCGGGCCGCCCGCAGCGCAGGGAGACACGGCACAGCACAGCACAGCAAGGCACGGCACGGCACAGCACGGCCCGGCCCGGCCCGCACCGCCUCCCGCCCCCACCCCGCUCCGGAUCCGGCGGAGCUCCGCGCCGAGGCCCGGAGCCGCAUUGUGCAGGGAACAAAAGAAAGGUCCUCACCGCACACGCAGCAGGAGAGGGACUGCCUGAAGUAGGGCAGGAGCUUGUUAAUCUCGGUGAAGGACUGCGGAUCCCCCGGGUCGUAGUUGAGCACCAGGCGGCUCGCGGAAACGUAGAGAGCAGUGGCAUUCACCGGGUUCAUCGCAGCCGCUCGCACGCCGCCGCCUCCGGGGGGAAGCUGACAGCAAGGGAGCGGAUUCUUCUGUUGCUGGACCCCGACAGCUUUGAUGAAUAUGACAUGUUUGUGGAACACAGAUGUUCUGACUUUGGGAUGGACUCCAGUAAGAAUAAGUACCCUGGAGACAGUGUGGUGACUGGCCGUGGACGGAUUAAUGGUAGACUGGCUUAUGUUUUCAGUCAGGAUUUUACUGUAUUUGGAGGUAGUUUAUCUGGAGCUCACGCCCAGAAGAUCUGCAAGGUCAUGGAUCAGGCUGCCAUGGUUGGAGCACCGGUCAUUGGGCUGAAUGACUCAGGAGGAGCCCGCAUUCAGGAGGGGGUGGAGUCGCUGGCUGGCUAUGCAGACAUCUUUUUGAGAAAUGUUCUGUGUUCUGGGCUGGUGCCUCAGAUCUCACUCAUCAUGGGGCCCUGUGCUGGUGGAGCCGUGUAUUCGCCUGCUUUAACUGACUUCACGUUCAUGGUGAAGGAUACAUCCUAUCUGUUCAUCACUGGCCCAGAUGUAGUUAAGUCUGUUACCAAUGAAGAUGUCACACAGGAGCAGCUCGGGGGAGCGAAGACACACACGGCUCUGUCUGGAGUGGCGCACAGGGCCUUUGAGAAUGAUGUAGAUGCCUUACUUAACCUCCGAGAGUUCUUUAACUAUUUACCUCUUAGCAACCGUGACCCGGCUCCAGUCUGUGAGUGCUAUGAUCCCAGUGACCGUUUGGUUCCUGAGCUGGACACCAUUGUCCCUGUUGAAUCCACUAAAGCCUACGAUAUGCUGGAUAUCAUACACGCCAUCAUUGACGAAAGGGAGUUCUUCGAGAUCAUGCCAUCCUAUGCCAGAAACAUCGUUGUGGGGUUUGCCAGGAUGAACGGAAGAACAGUUGGCAUAGUGGGCAACCAACCCAAAGUAGCAUCAGGGUGCUUAGACAUAAAUUCUUCUAUCAAGGGAGCCCGCUUUGUUCGCUUCUGUGACGCAUUCAACAUCCCUCUCAUUACUUUUGUGGAUGUUCCUGGGUUUUUGCCAGGUACAGCUCAGGAGUAUGGAGGGAUCAUACGGCACGGUGCAAAACUACUGUUUGCCUUUGCAGAAGCAACUGUGCCUAAAAUUACUGUCAUCACCAGAAAAGCCUAUGGUGGUGCCUAUGAUGUGAUGAGCUCGAAGCAUUUAAGAGGAGAUGCAAACUAUGCCUGGCCGACUGCAGAGGUGGCAGUGAUGGGGGCAAAGGGUGCUGUGCAGAUCAUUUUCAGAGGAAAAGAGACAGAUGCAGAGGCAGAAUAUGUGGAUAAAUUUGCAAAUCCCUUUCCGGCAGCUAUGAGAGGGUUUGUUGAUGAUAUCAUCCAGCCUUCGGCCACCCGCAGGCGCAUCUGCCAUGACCUUGACGUGCUGGCAAGUAAAACCCAGUCCAAUCCCUGGAAGAAACACGCUAAUAUCCCACUGUGAGUGUGAGGAGGGACCUGGCCUUGGUAGUCCUCUGAAUGCAAAUACUUUCUGUCAUUUGGCAGUCUACUCUGCAGUAGUAUUUCAUCUUGAUUUUGCUAAUACUUAUCAAUAAAUCAUACCUCAUUUAA